CCUGUGCCUAGGACAAGUCGUUGGGAUGUGGAGGGUCUUAGUCUCCAACAAGAAUCUAUGGAUUUUUAAGCAAACAAUAAACAAUCAACAAACUCAGACUCUAACAUUUGAGUCUGGUGUCAGACACAAGGGUCUGGAGUUGGAACCCUGCUAUGGAGAGACUCUAAGGAGGCGCCAUCUUCUCACAUGAGAACCAACAGUGCUCCCUUCUCCUGCCCGGCUUUGCCAACACUGCUUUGCUCUCCACUAGUCAGAGUGCAUCUCCAGUAAUGAAGCCUUCAUCAUCUAUGGCCAGUUUAUGGCAGCAUCUUCCUAGCUGGCCUCCCCUCUUUUGGACUUUUGUCACUUUUUUAACCAUACACUCAACUGCCUUAUUAAUUAACUUUCAAUUCCUGUUUUCUUCUUCUACCUCAUUUUUCAAGGAAUAGAAGCAGCUUGUGCUUUUCGAAUUGCAUCAAAGUAGGAAUAAAUUCAUCUGCUGCUUAAGUGUGAGACAUUGGGUAUAUCACUUAAUUUUCUUGGGCCUUAGUUCCUUCACACAUUUAAAAAUAAAAGUGUGGCUAUUGGACUAAAAGGUCAAAUUCUUUGUGGUUUGGAAUAGUAUGUGCUUGGGCUAGAGCUCCCUUCCAAUCUUGAAAUUCUGUUGCUGUCUCCCAUCCAGGGCCUGGUUCCUAUCCUAGUAGUGUACUCAUUGAGAUUCAGGAUUCUUGCAUGUUAAUUUGGUGUAAUCUGCACCUAUCUUAAAGGUUGUUUGAAGAUUUCAUUCAGUCAGUGUUGCCUAGCACUGCUUCCUUGGGCACCAUUUCUCUUCGUUCUUCCAGGCUGGUGCUGUAGGGCCCCUCUACCCCAACAUGUUAGGACCACCUCCCCACCAAGCACAGCUGUGCCUUUUUCUGCUCAACAUUGUGGCUCAAUCGUCCUAGCAAGACAAGCCAUUUGCAACCCUUCAUAGGAAUGCUGUCCUGUUUGUAGCCUCUGUGGUAUUUGUUUAUAUUUUUGUGUUUUUGUUCAUUUUUACAAUGAUUACCCUUUUUACCAAUUCAGGUUGAAAAUCUAGCCUAAAACCCCUUCAAAAAAGGAUCUCUAAAGAUUUUUGAUGUUUGAGCUUUAACUUUCUGGGAUUCUAAGCUCAAAGAUAGAUGUCCCCCCGUUCCACCCUGGGAACUCAAUAAAUACACACAUGAUGAGUAAAUAGAUGAAUUCUGGGAAGCAGCCUCCUUUACCAUAUGCAAGUACAAAACCCUUAUUCUGGGGACAAACGCUGGUAUUGGCGCAUAUGACAUUCAUUUCCUAUAGGCACUUCUGCCCUGACUUUGCCUCUCACUCUAUCAGCAGACAGUUUGUGUCUGGUCUGUUUACCCAAUUAAAAGGAUCCGCGUCUGUCUCUGUCGCUUGAUGGGCUACAGUGUUUAAGCACAGCGCUUGGCGAGGAGUAGGCAUUUAGGAAUAUGUGGAUUGAAUGAAUGGUUGCUAGGGAGUAUGGCGGCGUCUUGGCGUCUCAAUUUUAUGCUGGGCUCAUCCCAACGCGCGCACGUGGGAACUUCACAAAAGUUAUUUCACGAGCGCGGCGCCGCAUCCCCUUAUCUUACGGAGUUUACUGAAGUGGGGCCAGCUCCCGCCUCUUUUAGCUUUACUGCCAAGGCUGGAGAGGGGUGGAGUGGCCUGGAAGACGGCCGCAAGCAGGGCGGGGGGAUUUGCUUUCUUAUAAAGAUGCUUUGGGAGAAUGGCUCGAGCGCGCCAGGUUUCCAGGAAGAAAUGAGACCGGGUCGCGAUGGCGAAGAACUGCGACCGAGAGCUGUUUACCUGCUGAUACAGAGAAAGCCCGACAGCCUCCCGUGUAGUGAGAGCCUGGCCCAAACCGAGAAGGGGGCGCCCUAGCUUGCCCCCAGCAACCCAUCAGUGCAGGAAGACAACCGGGGAAGUCAGUUUCACCCAACACAUGUCUUGGGCUCCCUGGGCACAACGACGGCUCCUGGGGUCACGACCUCCCUAUUCAACAGUCGUGGGUCCUCGUCGCUUGGGACCCCAGCUCUCUUUUUCCUGAUCCAGGUUGCAAAACAAAUCAACUCCACAGGAAAAAUCUCCAAGAGCUCCUAGGGGACAGGUCCCCACGGACAAACACAUCAUAAAGUUCAAUUCUGUCCCAUUAUGUGGGCUCUCGAGUUUCUUAAUCAUUGCCCCCUCCCUACACGAACAAAACCGUCCCCAGCCCCAGGAGGGUCUUGUGAGGAUCCCGGGGCCGCAACCGCAAGUGGAGCUCCGAGCUCCAGGGAAAGCAAGCAGGGAAUGGCCCCUGGGACUCGUUCCCGGAAAGCGCCAGCGUCCGGGGAGAGCUUCUCCUUCUCCGAGGGCCGGCAGGGUGGCAUUCCAAAUGUGAGCAAGGUGGGCCGUGCGCGACUCUCCCUUUUAAAAAGAAUAAAUAAAUAGAAGGCAGCGCGCAGCCCCGCUCGGGUUUCCCGAAGUGCGCACUGCGGUCGCUGCCCGGGCGGCUGGGUGUCUGCGCUCCCCGCCUUCGCUGGGCUGACACAGGAGGGAGGAGCAGGAGCCGGAGGGGGUGCUGGGGGGGGGCCGAGCGCGAACCAUCCUGAGCCAAGACAAGCAGCACAUUCACAAAUAACGCCCCCACCCCCAGCGCACGCGCUCCCAUUCAAAGCAGCCCCGCUCCGCGGCCGCACUGCCACUCCGAAGACGCGCUGCCGGCCGCAGCGCUGCCCUGCCCCGCGGGGCGCACCUCGAGCCCGCACGCCGGCCGCCGCAGAGCCCCCAGUCCGCGGCUGCUACUUCCAGGAGGGUGUCUACGCCCAAGACUCCCGUUGGUCCCCGCCGGGGACCAUGGCAAGGCUAGAGGCGCCCGGGUGCCCGGGGUUCCUGGCCCGCCUCUUCGGUGGCACCUGGUGCCUGCUCUAUGUCGCCGGACAGGUAUGCGGAGACCAGAGCCAAGGGGCUGUUUUCCUGCGGGAAUUUACACUGAUUCGAAGAGAGAGCCUUCAUGAAGAUUUCCUGUCUGACCUCUUGAAUAGUCACAAAACUGAAGACUUGAGCUCCAGGACAGCACGCUCCGAGGAGGACCGGGACGGCCUAUGGGAUGCCUGGGGCCCGUGGAGCGAGUGCUCCCGCACGUGCGGUGGGGGGGCCUCCUACUCCCUGAGACGCUGCCUCAGCAGCAAGAGCUGUGAAGGAAGAAAUAUCCGAUAUAGAACAUGCAGCAAUGUGGACUGCCCACCAGAAUCAGGUGAUUUCCGAGCUCAGCAAUGCUCUGCUCAUAAUGAUGUCAAGCACCAUGGCCAGUUUUAUGAAUGGCUUCCUGUGUCUAAUGACCCCGACAACCCAUGUUCACUCAAGUGCCAAGCCAAAGGAACAGCCUUGGUUGUUGAACUAGCACCUAAGGUCUUAGAUGGAACUCGUUGCUAUACAGAAUCUUUGGAUAUGUGCAUCAGUGGUUUAUGCCAAAUUGUUGGCUGUGAUCACCAGCUGGGAAGCACCGUCAAGGAAGAUAACUGUGGGGUCUGCAAUGGAGACGGGUCCACCUGCCGACUGGUCCGAGGGCAGUAUAAAUCCCAGCUCUCCGCAACCAAAUUGGACGACACUGUGGUUGCUAUUCCCUAUGGAAGCAGACAUAUUCGCCUUGUCUUAAAAGGACCUGAUCACUUGUAUCUGGAAACCAAAACCCUCCAGGGGGCUAAAGGUGAAAACAGUCUCAGCUCUACAGGCACCUUUCUUGUGGACAAUUCUAGUGUGGACUUCCAGAAAUUUCCAGACAAAGAGAUACUGAGAAUGACUGGACCACUCACAGCAGAUUUCAUUGUCAAGAUCCGUAACUCGGGGCCCACGGACAGUACCGUCCAGUUCAUCUUCUAUCAGCCCAUCAUCCACCGAUGGAGGGAGACGGAUUUCUUUCCUUGCUCAGCAACCUGCGGAGGAGGUUACCAGCUGACAUCAGCUGAGUGUUACGAUCUCCGGAGCAACCGCGUGGUUGCCGAUCAGUACUGUCACUAUUACCCAGAGAACAUCAAACCCAAACCCAAGCUUCAGGAGUGCAACUUGGAUCCUUGUCCAGCCAGUGACGGAUACAAGCAGAUCAUGCCUUAUGACCUCUACCAUCCCCUUCCUCGGUGGGAGGCCACCCCGUGGACCGCGUGCUCCUCCUCGUGUGGGGGGGGCAUCCAGAGCCGGGCAGUUUCCUGUGUGGAGGAGGACAUCCAGGGGCAUGUCACUUCAGUGGAAGAGUGGAAAUGCAUGUACACCCCUAAGAUGCCCAUCGUGCAGCCCUGCAACAUUUUUGACUGCCCUAAAUGGCUGGCACAGGAGUGGUCUCCGUGCACAGUGACAUGUGGCCAGGGCCUCAGGUACCGUGUGGUCCUCUGCAUCGACCAUCGAGGAAUGCACACAGGAGGCUGUAGCCAGAAAACAAAGCCCCACAUCAAAGAGGAAUGCAUCAUACCCACUCCCUGCUAUAAACCCAAAGAGAAACUUCCAGUGGAGGCCAAGCUGCCUUGGUACAAACAAGCUCAGGAGCUAGAAGAAGGAGCUGCUGUGUCAGAAGAGCCUUCGUUCAUCCCAGAGGCCUGGUCGGCCUGCACGGUUACCUGUGGUGUGGGCACCCAGGUGCGAGUCGUCAGGUGCCAGGUGCUCCUGUCUUUCUCUCAGUCCGUGGCUGACCUGCCUGUGGACGAGUGUGAAGGGCCCAGGCCGGCCUCCCAGCGUGCCUGCUACGCGGGGCCGUGCAACGGGGACACCGCCGAGUUCAACCCCGACCACACAGACGAGCUCUUUGGUGGCCUGCCGGUUUUCGACGAGCUGUAUGACUGGGAGUACGAGGGCUUCACCAAGUGCUCCGAGUCCUGUGGAGGAGGUGUCCAGGAGGCUGUGGUGAGCUGCCUGAACAAACAGACUCGGGAGCCUGCUGAUGAGAACCUGUGCGUGACCAGCCGCCGGCCCCCGCAGCUCCUGAAAUCCUGCAAUUUGGACCCCUGCCCAGCAAGGUGGGAAAUUGGCAAGUGGAGUCUGUGUAGUCUCACCUGUGGGGUUGGCCUGCAGACCAGAGACGUCUUCUGCUCCCACCUCCUUUCCAGAGAGAUGAAUGAAACGGUAAUCCUAGCUGAUGAGCUGUGUCGCCAGCCCAAGCCCAGUACGGUGCAGGCUUGUAACCGCUUCAAUUGCCCCCCGGCCUGGUACCCUGUACAAUGGCAGCCGUGUUCCAGGACCUGUGGAGGGGGUGUUCAGAAACGUGAGGUUCUUUGCAAGCAGCGCAUGGCUGAUGGCAGCUUCCUGGAGCUCCCUGAGACCUUCUGUUCAGCCUCGAAACCGGCCUUCCAGCAAGCCUGCAAGAAAGAUGACUGCCCCAGCGAGUGGCUUCUCUCAGACUGGACAGAGUGUUCCACAAGCUGUGGGGAGGGAACCCAGACUCGAAGCGCCAUUUGCAGGAAAGUGCUGAAAACUGGAGUCUCCACGGUUGUCAAUUCCAGCCUGUGCCCGCCCCUGCCUUUCUCUUCCUCCAUCAGGCCCUGCAUGCUGGCAACCUGUGCAAGGCCCGGGCGGCCGUCCACCAAGCACAGCCCCCACAUCGCCGUGGUGCGGAAGGUCUACAUCCAGACGAGCAGGCAGAAGAAGCUGCACUUCGUGGUGGGGGGAUUCGCGUACCUGCUCCCCAAGACGGCGGUGGUGCUGCGGUGCCCCACGCGCCGGUUCCGCAAGCCGCUCAUCACCUGGGAGAAGGACGGCCAGCACCUGGUCAGCUCCGCGCACGUCACCGUGGCGCCCUUCGGCUACCUGAAGAUCCACCGCCUCAAGCCCUCGGACGCGGGCGUCUACACCUGCUCUGCCGGCCCGGCGCGGGAGCAGUUCGUGAUUAAGCUCAUGGGCGGCAACCGCAAGCUCGUGGCCCGGCCCUUAAGCCUGAGGAGUGAGGAGGAGGCCCUGGCGGCCAGGAAGGCCGGCCCGAAGGAGGCCCUGCAGGCGCACAAGCACCAGAACGGCAUCUUCGCCAACGGCAGCAAGGCGGAGAAGCGGGGCCUCGCCGGGGACCCGGGGAGCCGCUACGACGACCUCGUCUCCCGCCUGCUGGAGCAGGGGGGCUGGCCCGGCGAGCUGCUGGCCUCCUGGGAGGUGCAGGACUCCACCGAGAGGAACGCGUCCUCGGAGGAGGACCCGAGCGCCGAGCAGGCCCUCCUGCACCUGCCUUUCACCAUGGUGGCCGAGCAGAGGCGCCUGGACGACAUCCUCAGGAACCUCUCCCAGCAGCCCGAGGAGCUUCGCGACCUCUACAGCAAGCACCUGGUGGCCCAGCUGGCCCAGGAGAUCUUCCGCAGCCACCUCGAGCACCAGGACACGCUCCUCAAGCCCUCGGAGCGGAGGACUGCCCCCGUGGCCAUCCCCCCUCACAAGCACGUGUCUGGCUUCAGCUCCCUGCGGACCUCCUCGGCUGGGGAGGCCGGGGGCGGCUCUCGCCGGCCACACCGCAAGCCCACCAUCUUGCGGAAGAUCUCGGCUGCCCAGCAGCUCUCGGCCUCUGAGGUGGUCACCCACCUUGGGCAGACGGUGGCCCUGGCCAGCGGGACGCUGAGUGUGCUUCUCCACUGUGAGGCCGUAGGCCACCCGAGGCCGACCAUCAGCUGGGCCAGGAAUGGAGAGGAGGUUCAGUUCGGUGACAGGAUUCUUCUACAGCCAGAUGAUUCCUUACAGAUCUUGGCACCAGUGGAAGCUGAUGUGGGUUUCUACACUUGCAAUGCCACAAAUGCCUUGGGAUAUGACUCUGUCUCCAUUGCUGUCACGUUAGCAGGAAAGCCCCUAGUGAAAACAUCACGAAUGACGGUGCUCAACACAGAGAAGCCUGAGGUCACUGUUGACAUCGGAAGCACCAUCAAAACAGUGCAGGGAGUGAAUGUGACCAUUAACUGCCAAGUUGCAGGUGUGCCUGAAGCUGAAGUCACUUGGUUCAGGAAUAAAAGCAAACUGGGCUCCCCUCACCAUCUGCACGAGGGAUCCCUGCUGCUCACAAACGUGUCGUCCUCAGAUCAGGGCCUGUACUACUGCAGGGCGGCCAACCUUCACGGGGAGCUGACGGAGAGCACCCAGCUGCUGGUCCUCGAUCCCCCCCACGUCCCCACGCAGUUGGAAGACAUCAGGGCCUUGCUCUCAGCCACUGGACCGAACCUUCCUUCAGUGCUGACGUCUCCUCUGGGAACACAGCUGGUCCUGGAUCCUGGGAAUUCCGCUCUCCUUGGCUGCCCCAUCAAAGGUCACCCUACCCCCAACAUCACCUGGUUUCAUGAUGGUCAGCCAAUUGCCACUGCCACAGGACUGAUGCAUCAUAUCUUGGAAGCUGGACAGAUUCUUCAAGUUGCAAACCUCAGUGGUGGGUCUCAAGGAGAAUUCAGCUGCCUUGCGCAGAAUGAGGCAGGGAUGCUCAUGCAGAAGGCUUCUUUAGUGAUCCAAGAUUACUGGUGGUCUGUGGACAGACUGGCGACCUGCUCAGCCUCCUGUGGGAACAGGGGUGUGCAGCAGCCCCGCCUGAGGUGCCUGCUCAACAACACAGAGGUCAACCCGGCCCACUGCGCGGGGAAGGUGCGCCCCGCCGUGCUGCCCAUCGCCUGCAACCGGAGAGACUGCCCUGCCCGGUGGAUGGUGACCUCCUGGUCUGCCUGUACCCGAAGCUGCGGAGGUGGUGUCCAGACCCGCCGGGUGACCUGUCAGAAGCUGAAAGCCUCUGGUAUCUCCAGCCCUGUGUCCAGUGACGUGUGUACCCAGCUCGCCAAACGACCUGUGGACACCCAGGCCUGUAACCAACAGCUCUGUGUGGAGUGGGCCUUCUCCAGCUGGGGCCAGUGUAAUGGGCCUUGCAUUGGGCCUCGCCUAGCUGUGCAACACAGACAAGUCUUCUGCCAGACCCGGGAUGGCAUCACCUUACCGUCAGAGCAGUGCAGCGCCCUUCCGAGGCCUGUGAGCACCCAGAACUGCUGGUCAGAGGCCUGCAGCGUACACUGGAGGGUCAGCCUGUGGACCCUGUGCACAGCAACCUGCGGCAACUACGGCUUCCAGUCCCGGCGUGUGGAGUGUGUGCAUGCCCGCACCAACAAGGCAGUGCCUGAGCACCUGUGCUCCUGGGGCCCCCGGCCGGCCAACUGGCAGCGCUGCAACAUCACUCCAUGUGAAAACAUGGAGUGCAGAGACACCACCAGGUACUGCGAGAAGGUGAAACAGCUGAAACUCUGCCAACUCAGCCAGUUCAAAUCUCGCUGCUGUGGAACCUGCGGCAAAGCGUGAAGACGGCCCGGGGACGAACUCUACCCUGGCCGUGCGAGGCACUCGCGUACCCACCUUGGACAGAACUUAUACUUUCUUCAUUUAUUUAUUUAUUUCCCCCCUUCACCCCCACCCGCAAUCAGGAGGAUCUCUGCACGUUUCCCUUUUGGUUAGCCAGAGGGCAGAAUGGCAGGAAAGGUUAGCCGUCUACAGGAGGCUGCCGGGCGGGCAGCAGGGGCUCCCAAGCCUGCGUCUCAAAGAGACCGAGGAAGAGGCAGGGACUGCAGGGAGCCAGAGGGUUUGGAGAGUAUUGGUGCGAACAUUGUACAACCAACUGUGUCUUUCCUAGAAGCACGUUGUCAGUGGCCCCCUCUGCCGUGGUGAGGACAAGGGCAGAGGGGACCCUAUGCUGAGGCAGAAGUUGGCCCAGAACUCGGUUCUUCUAGUGGGGGGCGCAGAGAGACAAGAACUCAAAACAUGGAUAAGUAGACAGGAAGGAGGAAACAAUCAAAGUAAGUCUAAGGCACACAAUGAUGUGGAAAAUAAAGGAGGGAAGGGACAGAAGCAAAAAGAAGCCUGUGUCUGUGCCUCCGUGGGGAGGGAGGCGUGAGCAGGCAGGAGGGGCUUCCAGGCAGCCCUGUGAGGCUCUGACCCACCCCCGUGCAUGCUGGGGCGUGCUCAGAGCUCCACUGCCCCCCUCCGCAGCGUGCCUGCUGUGUGGUAGGAGAUGAGCUCUCCGUGGUGGAGGGAACGUCCCCUGCCCACGCAGCAAAGCCAGCCAGAGAUCCGUGUCUGGCUGUGCAGUAAGGCUGCCCCUGGCUCCUCUUCAUCAAGAUUCCCCUAGCCCUGACCUAACUGCUGCUGUGGGCCAGGGGCAUUGUGAGAUUGAGUUGGCCUGGCUUGCUGCCUCUAUGGCUCUGCUGUUCCAAAUCCAUGCGCCACAGCAUCUACCAGGUUGUAGCAACCACUUCAUUCCAGAGCUGGCCAGAGACCAGGGUGGGACAGUGGAUUCAUGCGUGCCCACAGCAUGCUCUGCCUCUCCCAGCUGUCACCCUGGGGUCUGCAGGCCCUCUCUUAGCACCAGGAGAGCUGCUGUGUGUAGUAUUUAUCCUAGUAGGUUAGGGCCAGGGUGGGGAGCUGGGGCAAUGCCCAAGGAUAGCUGAAGCUUAUAACACAGUCCUGGAUGGCUCUUCAACCUGUGCACCACACACAGCGAAAUCCUUUAUAAUAAUCAAUGUACACCCGCAUUGGUGAUCUAGUAAUUAAUUCAGCAGGCAAAGGCAUGCAAUGAGAUGAAAACUGGGACUCCUGGGCAAAUUGCUCCUGCAGCCCAGCCGGGCAGCUUUGGGCGAGUCGUUUUUGCCUCCUUCCUCUGUGUGGCCCUAGUCUAGUAGGCAGGGAAGGGUGGCCACAGUCACUCACCCCCUAGAUUAGCCUCCCCUCACGUACACACUCAUGAAAUGCCACUCGCCCUGGGGCUACCACUGACGCCAGCCAGCCUGGAAGUAAAAUUUGGGAGGAACACAAUAUUAACCUGUGUCCUCCCUGGGUGAGCUGUGGACAGGUAGUUUGGGUUUCUCUCUUCCUCACCCUGAAAUAGGCUCUAAGAAAUCAUGUUACUAAAAAUCAGUGUAAUGUUUAUUUAAAAUAAAAGAGAUUGUUUUCUAUGUAUAUCUUUUGUGAAUAUUUAUUAGGAUUUCUUGUAUAAAAAAGUGCAAUAUUAAUAAUUGUACAUUGUCAUCCAGAAAAAAAUAUUUGGGGGGACUUUUUAUUAACUUCCUACAGUUGUGUUCCUGUAAACUCAGUGGUGAUUAUUGUAUUUUUCCUAUUUUUAAUAGAACCCAGUGUUUAACUCUGGAGCCAUUCACUGUGUGCAGAAUACAUUGUAAAAACUAACAUGGGAUGCCGGGGCAGUAAGAGGGGAUGCAUUUGUGACAAUAGUUAUGCAUGGAAUGAUGAGGACAACUUCCAUAAUACUACUAAUGUGGCUGAUUAUUUCUAGUUCAAUAGCUAUUGAUAAAGUCUGUGGCCAAUAUUUACAUUUCCUAAUGGCAUCCUCCAGCUCUGCCACAUGCCAGGCUGGCGCCGUUGGCAGUGGGUGUCAGAGCGAGCUGGAGGGCCUAGGUUUGAGGCAGAAAGCGGCAUGGCUCCUUGCAUGAGAUGAAUGUACAUUUAAUGUUUGUUCUGUGAAUUGCGACUCAGCGGCACCGCAGGAUUGUUAGGGCUGCUGGAUAAUGUGGAAGGAGACAGUUCCUCCUCUAAAACACAUAACUGUAUUUGUAUUUUUUGUACAGAUAAUACAGCUUAUUUAUUUAAA